AUGACAUUUCGAAAGAGAGCCAAUUCCUUCGAUGCCUCUCAACGAAGUACUUCUUUUGGUAGUUGUAAUAAUAAUAACAAUAAUAACCAUAACACUACUACGAUGACGACUCGGAUCAACACUACUACUCUUAACAAUAUUUGUAUCAACAACAAUAGUGAGGCUUGUUUGAUCGGAAUGGAUCAAAGAAACAUUGAUGGAAAUGAUGAUACUCCUGAAUAUGGAAGAAUGUAUCAAGUGGAUCCACUCAUGAGAAUACAUGAUGAUCAUCAUCAACCGAAACUCUCCAUGAAUCUUUCCGAACAAGAAUUACAAGAAUUAAAACAAGUCCAAUCAUUUAAAUCCAAUGAAAUUGAAAUUGUGAGCAAGAUUGCAACAGGAGGAUUCUCCGAAGUGUAUCAAGUAAAGAUUGAACACUCAAUGUAUGCUGGAAAAAAGAUGUUGGCGAAUAGAGCUCAAUUGGAAAGAAAUAUUCAGAAAUUUAAAGAUGAAUUGUUGGUGAUGAAUAGAUUAUGGAAAUGUGGAUGUAAAAAAAUUACAAAAUUGGUGGGCUAUUGUUUUGAGAAUCCUGUGUUUUGGAUUGUGAUGGAAUUUAUGGAUUUGGGAGAUUUACAUUCAAUUAUUCAUUUCAAAACAUCAAAUGAAUCGUUACAACGUGAGAAUCAAAUCAAUGUCAACAAAAUGUCAACUACUAGUGAUCACAGUGGUAAAAUGAACAUUCGUUCCAAUGAAGAGAUUGAAUUGAUCAAAUCCAUUCAAACUGAUUUUAGGGUUAAAAUGAAACUUGCUCAUGAUAUGGCUCUGGCAUUAAUGGAAAUUCAUGAAAAAAGCAAAUAUGCUCAUCUCGAUGUCAAGUCUUUGAAUUUUUUAAUAGACAAAGAGUUAAAUGUUCGAAUUGCUGAUUUUUGUGAUUCGAAAAUUGUGGACAUGCAACAAAAAGACCAACUCACAUCAUUCCAACCUCAUGGCACCAUUUAUUGGAUGGCACCAGAAGUCAUGAAACAAAGCAAAUUUUGCAAAAAAUCGGAUGUGUAUUCACUGUCUAUUGUUUUUUGUGAAAUUUUAACUCUCUCAAAACCAUAUCCAGGAAUGAAUGUGUUAGAUGUGAAAGAAAAAAUCGAAAGAAACACCUCUCCUCCAUUUAGAAUGAAUAUUGUAGAAAUGCUAAAAUCAUCUCUCAUUAUUGUGGAUGAAUAUAUAAGAUAUUUUAUUCAAAUUAUUGAAGACAUGUGGAAAGAAGAUGUUUCUGAGAGAUUAUCAUCAAAGCAAGUCGUCGGUAGGAUGAAAAUACUCCUUGAGAAGAUGUCUCUUAAUAGUGAGCCUCUCCGUUAG